UCUCUCUCGUCGUUAAUCUUGACGAGCACGCAUAUUCUCCAGUCAGGAAACAACCGACGCAGAGUUGACUCAGUAUUCAGGUAAGGUCAGUCGUCGGCGCUCCCGCGAGGUGGAGCAGUGUUGACAGCGUCAAUGUGCAUGACCAGCGGCAGUCAUCAAUUUCGGUACUGAUAGUGUCCGACUCAUAUAUUCUGAUCCCAUCAUCGGGACCGCCUGUCAAAAGGGGUCCAUUUUUUAAGGAUAGGCAUCGCUCAAAAGCUCGUUUGCAGGACGGACAGCUGCGGCUAACCCGCAAUGCCACCAUACCAGCUGCCGGUCGCCAUCACCCUAGCCGGUGCUGCAGCAUGCAGUCUGAUCGUGUUUUUGAUUUUUCGUCCCAAGGGAGGCAAGAUUCAGCUACCCAUCAGUGAGGAGGUGCCAGAGAGGGAUCCGUUCGACGUCACCAAGCCGGAAGACCGCAUUGACGGGUAUCCUGUGAAUGAAGAGGCAUUCUGGUAUCGAAUGCGCUUGCGUAAGCUCGCCAUCUCCAUAUUCCUGGGUUCCAUCCUGGCGAUUCAGAGCGUGUGCCUUGGAUGGUCAGCAAUAGACGACGACCGCAGCCAAGCCUUAAUCCAUGCCCUCCAUGUCGCCUUCGCGCUCUACCUGCUCAUCAUCGCUGGACGGUCUGUCAGGAAACAAGACGGGUCGCAUGCUGUAUAUAUCGUCCACCUUUCCGCGCUGACGUUUGUCGCGACUGCUCUGUUCUUCACGACGGCCAUCCUACCAUCCUCGCGCCUUGCACAUACAGGAUCGUCGGAUGUGUCCGCAGUACCGCUCGGCCUGUUCUAUGCGACAUUCACACUAUACGCUAUCUCACUCGUCAUCGCAGCGACGACUCCGUGCGGCCCUCCCCUGCACUUCCCGCCGGAACAGAUCUAUUCUGAGAAGACGAUAAUGAAGGUCAGCACACAAUACGCUGACAAUGUAUGCGGCAUCAGGGGCGCAUCAAUGUGGGACACGCUGUUGUUCUCGUACACGACCAAGGUUGUUAUGCUUGGGAACACGUCGGAGAGCCUCGAGAUCGCCGACCUGCCGAUCGUGCCUGCGGACAUGCGCGCAACUACGCUCUUCGCGACCAUGCGGGCGGCAAUGCGGGCGUACAAGCUGCGCGUGGGAUCGUGGAAGCCUAAGCCAGGUUCGGGAUGGGAGCUGCUGUACCGCUUGGUGCGCGUGAAUGCGAGAAUGAUUAUGGCCGUCGUGGUGCUUGCCGCUGUAGCUGCUGUGCUAUUCUAUACGCCAGCAUUCUUCCUUCGGAAUGUCGUGUAUUAUUUGGAGGUGGACCCUGACAGGACGAACCGAGGGUGGGGAUGGGUCUACUGCACUGGGCUGUUCGUUAGCAAUGCGAUAACACACCUUAUUACCGGGCAAUUGUGGUCGCUAUCAACUACUACGUUGCAAGUCCGCCUCAAGGUGCAGCUUAACUCAAUACUGUUUGCGAAGACGCUUGUGCGCAAGGACGUCGCGUCAUCGUCAGGUCCUGCGGCUGCCUCAGAUGGCGCGACAAGUAGCGCGGCGAGUGGAGAUGGAAAGUCAAAAGAGAAAGAGGAAGACGACUUCUCGAGCAAGGCGCAGAUUAUGACCCUUAUGACCACGGAUGUGGACCGCGUGAGCGAGUUUGCUUGGCAUUUGUUCACUCUGAUCGAUUCACCUGUUGAGAUCGUGAUCGGGACACUGUUCCUGUAUAACCUCCUCGGUAUAUCAUGUUUCAUCGGACUGGCGGUGACGUGUCUGUUUCUGCCCUUGAACCACUUUGCCGGCAAGGUCGUCGUUGGAGCUCAGGACAAUCUCAUGAAAGCACGCGAUGAACGUGUUUCGUUGAUGAACGAGAUCCUUGGUGGCAUCAGAAUGCUGAAAUUCAUGGCUUGGGAGCGCAGCUUCGAGGAGAGGGUUAUGAAGAUCCGUGCCAAGGAGCUAAAAUACCAACGCCUGAAUUACCAUAUUGAGGUUCUAUUCAAUGCAAUUUGGAACUCAACUCCUAUCGUCGUCACGCUCGUCUCGUUCUGGCACUUCGCCGUCGUUCGCCAGCAAGUGCUGACGCCGUCUAUUGCGUUUACAUCUAUUAGCAUCUUCAACGAAAUGAAGUUUGCUCUCAAUGCACUUCCAGAGACAUUCAUCAACAUGCUCCAAUCUCUUGUGUCAAUGAGGCGCAUCGAGAAGUACUUGCUCGGCCAGGAAGUAGCCAAGGUUGAACCUCUGGAUGGCCAACCUCAUCCCAUCAUACUACAAAAUGCAACGAUCACCUGGCCACAGGAUCGCGUACAUGGAGCGAGCGCGAUUCCGUCCGUCGCGUCGACUCCCCAGCAGAAGUUCACUCUCCUUGAUCUCUCGCUCAACUUUCCGCUCGGCGAGCUCACAUUGAUAUGCGGCAGGCUUGGAAGUGGAAAGUCACUGCUGCUGCUUUCACUGUUGGGAGAGGCCGAUGUACUGGCGGGACAGGUGAUAUCUCCUCGUACACCUCCAGAUACCAUCUCUUCGUUUGCUGGUGUGGUCGUACCCGAGGAAGAGUGGGUAGUCGAGGGUGUCUGCGCUUAUGUUCCUCAGUCUGCUUGGCUUCGCAAUGCCUCCAUAAAAGACAACAUCCUGUUCGACUUGCCAUACGUCGAGGAACGUUAUCGCAAGACUCUCCAGGUGUGUGCUCUCGAGAGUGACCUCAAGAUUCUCGAGGAUGGUGAUAUGUCCGAGAUCGGGGAGAAAGGAGUGAAUCUAUCAGGUGGCCAGAAAGCCAGAGUGUCACUCGCUCGUGCGGUCUACUCACGGGCCUCAGUCCUUCUCUUGGACGACGUGCUGUCCGCUGUCGAUGCUCACACUGCUCGUCACCUGUACCACGAGUGCCUGAAAGGCGAUCUGAUGACUGGACGAACCGUGAUUCUGGUAUCGCACCACGUGCAGCUUUGUGCUCCUGGCGCAGAGUACGUCGUUGCGCUCGAUAAUGGUAGAGUGCAAUAUCAAGGCGACGUCGACGGCUUCCGCUCAUCUGGGGUCAUGAGCACGUUGGUUCAGUCAGGCGUUGCUGAUAAAGAAGACGAUAAGGAGGAAACUGCGGUCGAGACAGUUGAGGAACUUGUGCCCGUCCAGGAAUAUUCUACAGAGAUCACGGAGGACGGCUCUGAGACGACGUCGACUGCAGCUGGUACGGAAGCCGACGUCAAAGCAGGGCCGAAGAAGGUGCCUCGGAAACUCAUCGAGGAGGAGAAACGCGCUGUAGGACACAUUGGCAAGGAUGUCUGGACAGCCUAUCUUGGCGCUUGCGGCGAAUGGGGCUUUUGGAUUGUUUUCGUGGCUGCACUGCUGCUCGCAGCGUUGAGCCCAGUGGCUGAGAAUGGAUGGCUUCGCAUAUGGACUGGGUCGUCUACGGACACAGGCGAGCCGAAGAGCGCAAUGUUCUACAUCACGGUCUACGCCGCUAUUACUUGCAUAGGUGUCGUCUUGACAACUCUGCGAUGGUUUGUUGUAUACUACGGCGGUAUCCACGCUUCCACUGUCCUACAUAAACGUCUGCUCGAGGGCGUGCUGUUCGCAAAUAUCCGGUUCCAUGAUACGAUAUCUCGCGGACGGCUUUUGAACCGUUUUGGAAAGGACUUCGAAGGUGUCGACAGUUCUCUUCCAGACAAUUUUGGACGAAGUGUCGUAUACUGUUUCUCCGUGACGACGACGUUCAUUACCAUCACAUAUGUUGGCGGCUUCCCGUUUCUAUUGGCAGCCGUCUUGUUUGGCACCUUAUACUACAGCAUUGGCAAAGUUUACGGUCAGACUUCGCGAGACAUGCGCAGAUUGGAUUCUGUGACACGCUCUCCUUUAUACUCUAUCUAUGGCGAGACUAUAGCAGGAGUGACGGUGUUGCGCGCCUUCGGUGCUUCGACUAAGUUCAUGAGGGACAUGUUGCGUUGCGUCGAUACGAAUGCAAACCCGUACUAUUGGAUGUGGGGAGUGAAUCGUUGGCUAUCUGCGCGAUUCAACCUUCUUUCCAGCGCUGUCGUCGGCGUUACCGCCUUCAUCGCCAUCCUCACCCCCAGUAUCAAUGCGUCUCUGGCUGGGUUCGCCCUCGCGUUCGCUUCGACGGUGCUGAAUGACCUACUCUUUUUGGUCCGUCGAUUCGUUGGCUUGGAACAAUCGAUGGUCGCUGUUGAGCGUAUCAAAGAAUUUUCUGAGCUUCCUCGAGAACCGCCAGAAUUUAUCGAGCCCAGACCUCCUGCGGCAUGGCCGGAGAAGGGUGAAAUCGUCUGCGAGAACCUAGUGAUCCGCUAUGCACCCGACUUGCCAAAUGUGCUGCACAACCUCACUUUCAGAAUAGAGCCGGGAGAGAAGGUCGGUGUGCUCGGAAGGACCGGAUCAGGCAAGAGUACCCUGGCCCUGUCCUUCUUCCGUUUCGUAGAACCGACCGAAGGCCGAAUCCUCAUCGAUGGACUAGACAUCUCGAAAAUGGGUCUUACUGACCUGCGCGGCAAGCUUACAAUUAUUCCUCAGGAUCCAACCAUUCUCAGUGGGACGUUGAGGUCUACGUUAGAUGUGUUCAAUGAAUAUGAAGAUGCAGAGAUCUAUGAGGCGCUUCGCCGGGUCCAUCUGAUACCGGCGGGCGAUAGAUCUGAUGAGGAUCUUGAGACUGUGAAUGCCAAUGUGUUCCGCAACCUAGAUUCUCCGGUCUCCGAGGGCGGAGAGAAUUUUUCCACCGGUGAGAAGCAAUUGCUCUGCAUGGCGCGAGCCAUUCUCAAGCGAACGAAGGUUCUUCUGAUGGAUGAGGCAACUGCGAGUGUCGACUAUGCGACGGAUGAGUUGAUCGGGAAGACAAUACGACACGAGUUUGCCGAGAGCACGAUCCUCACCAUUGCACAUAGAUUACGCACGGUGAUAGACUAUGAUCGGGUCAUGCUCCUUGACCAAGGCCGAAUCGCGGAAUUUGACAAGCCACACGUCCUUCUUGCAGAUCCGACAUCUAAAUUCCACGCUUUGUGCAAAGCAACGGGCAAGAACGAGUUUACCAUGCUCAAGAAAAUGGCUGGUGUGCCGUGAUAUGUCUACCUUGCGAAUGCAUCGAGGGCAAUGCAGUGUAGUUUAGUGUCCACAGAUUGACAUGGACGAUUGUUGUCGAGAGCAGUAUUUGCAUUGUUUAUGUGAACUAUAUAACCUUGCUGUCUGCUUGUGCCAUAGUGUCGAAGCGGGUAAUUAUGUUCGUUGACAU